AUGGAGGAAACCCAUGAAGAGCUGAAUGAGAAAAUAAAAACAACUUUGGAAGCAACUUCUAAAGUUUAUUCAUUGCUGGCGUAUCGCGACAUUGAUGGAUUUUUUUCAACUCACGGCGACGUCAUCACUAAUCUCGGUUUGAUUAAAUUAAAUUUUUCACAGAAAACGAGGAACCUAGUAUUUUAAUUAUUUUAAUAUUUUUUUAAAUUUUUUUAUAAGCCAAAUUUUUUUUCGUUCAGUAGGAUCCGUUGCUAAGCAAGCGGCAACUACUCUGGCGGCUGAACAAGCUUGUGAAAACACGCUAAGUUGUCUGAAGGAUCACGAGAAUACGAUUCAAAAAGCUCAAGGGUGUGUGAUUCUUGUUAUCAGAAUUUUUUCAACUUUUUGUAGGCGAUAUGUGAGUCUGUCUUAUUAAUUUACAUAUUUCAGUUUCGGAUGAUGAAAUUAAGGAUUAUCAAAAUUUGAUUCAAAAGGUAUGUCCAAAUACAAAGCCUGUUUUUAUCUAAUUUUUAUCAGAAAGAGUACCUGACGAAAAAAAAGGAGCGGCUUCACGAUGUUCUCAGUUUUUACAAGGUUUUUUUUCUCGUAAAAUGAAUUCUUAUUUAAAAGAUUCAGCUUUCGAUUGGCGAAUUCAAGGAAAUAUGGGAUAAAACGAAUCAUCAAAAAAGAAACUUGAAUUAA